AUGGUUAGAUUCUCAGUCUUAGUGAAUGGUUCUUCAACUGGUUAUUUCAAGUCUAAGAAAAGAAUUAGACAAGGAUAUCCCUUAUCUCCCUUCUUAUUUCUUCUUGUUGGGGAAGCUCUUUCUUACAUGAUCAAGCAAGCUCAAGAUCAGAGUCUGAUUUCUGGUUUUAAUGUGGCUGAUGAUGGAAAUUCUGUGAGUCAUCUGCAAUUUGCAGAUGAUACAUUAAUCUUUCUAGAUGCAGAUAUUGAACAAUUUUCUUCUAUUUUGGGUUGCUAUACUGGUGUUUUGCCUACCACUUAUUUGGGGCUUCCUUUAGGAGAUAAAAGUGGAGGAAUUCUUAAAUGGGACAAAGUUAUUGAGAGCUUUCUAAAAAAACUUGCAGGAUGGAAAAAGACAAUUCUCAGCAGAGCAGCUUCAGUGGCUAAGACUUUAGAGAAAAUAAUGAGGAACUUCCUGUGGAAUGACAAUAAGGGUAAAAAGAAACUUCACUUAGUCAAUUGGCCUGCUCUUCAAAGAAUGAAAAAAUAUGGUGGUCUUGGUGUUAAGAGUCUCAAAAAGAUGAAUAUUGCUUUCCUUACUAAAUGGCUUUCGAUGUUUGCAAAUGAAGAUGAUGUUUUGUGGAAGAAAAUUAUUGUGCAAAAAAAUGGAAUUGAUAUCUCAGAUUGGUUCUCUAAAGUCCCUAAAAUCACCCAUGACAGUGUCAAGAUCAAAGGAACUAAGGUAGUUGAGGUUUACAAUGCAGAUACAGAUACCUGGAAUUUGUUUGUUCCUAGAAGAUUGAAUUCUCUGGCAAGGACUGAACUUUCUUCUCUUCAAAAUUGUUUGAAUUUGGUGGUCAUCAAUGCUACAGUUCCAGAUGAAAUAUGUUGGUCUGUUGGAAACAAAAGUUAG